AGCGUGCGUGUAAUCAUAAGUAGCGCUUUUAUUUUGAAAGUGUCAUUUCCGCUUCCGGUUUUGGCCAACAUGGCGGCGGACGAGGACGAUAGUAAAUAUUUCGUGAGAGAAAUCGAGAGGAACGACGGCAGCGUGCUGAGACUGAAGCAGUGCUACAUCGGAGACGUGGGCUGCGUGGUGUGGGACGCCGCCAUCGUCCUGGCCAAGUAUUUAGAGACCGCAGAGUUCUACGACCCCGCCGCAGGAGUCAACGCGUGGAGCGCGAGCUCCGUGCUGGAGCUGGGAGCGGGGACCGGAGCAGCCGGACUCAUGGCGGCCGCACUGGGAGGUCGAGUUACAGUGACGGACCUGGAGGAUCUGCAGCCUCUUCUGAGGGCGAACAUCGGAGAGAACCAGGCCCUCGUCACUUCCGGAUCUGUAACUGCAAAGGUACUGAAAUGGGGUGAAGAUGUGUCUGAGUUCUUACCUUCCCCACGUUUUGUCCUCAUGGCAGAUUGCAUCUACUACGAGCAGUCAGUCGUUCCGCUGGUGGAAACCUUGAAGCUGCUUUCUGGACCAGAAACCUGCAUCAUCUGCUGCUACGAGCAGCGCACCGAGGGAGGCAACCCGGAGGUGGAGCGCCGCUUCUUUGAGCUGCUGCAACAGAACUUCAGCUGUGAGAAAAUCCCCGCCGACAGACAAGACCCCGAGUUCAGCAGUCCAGACAUCCACAUCCUGCACAUCCGAAAGAGAAAAACCUGAGAAAAUCUGCGUCACGCCUGUAAAUUAACCAACUUUCUAAAUGUUUGUAAAACACUGUAUUUUAUAACAAAGAAAUAAAUCACUGUUAAAAUGUGGUUGAAGCAUGAGGAGUCCAUAAAGAAGCGGGGUUAUUUUAAUCUGUGUUUGGUUAUGGAGGAUUAGUUCCAAAUGUUUGUAGUUUACACACUUUAAGCAGAUGUGAAUUUCCAGUGUUUACAUUGUUGUGUGUCAUUGUGCACAUUUUACCAGACUGGCUUGAACAUUUUUUACAUACACCAUGAAAACAAUGCACAUCAGCAACUAAGAAUAAGAAGCUGCUGCAAGUUUUUCUCUCUCUUCAGCUCUACUGAAUGCAGCAGAGUCAGUCAAAUCGUUCCUUCAGGAUGAUCUUAAAAAGUGUCAAAAUUAUACCAAAAAAUGUCAAAGAUCAGUGGAAAUGUCACUGCCAAGAGAUCGGUUAUAUUGCAGUGAAGCAAAACACUUUUGAGAAUGGAUUUGAACAUCAUUUUGCAUUUCAGGAU